GUGUAAUUAAUGGCGGACCGACCGCAUUGUCCGAGUUUGAUCACUUAUAAAUUGAAAGAUUUCUGCUGUCUCUUAGUUUCUCACUAGGCUUAGUCUUGAUGAUGAAGGACAGCACAAUGUCGGUUGCAGACACAGAAGAUUUCAUUCCAACUCAGGAGUCGAGCCCUACUGAUGAUGAACAUGAAGAACAAGAAGAAGAAGAAGAGACUGAGAACAGCCCGUUUGUCAACAUGCAAACGGAGCUUCACUGUAAAGGUGCUGUGCUCACAAGGGCAUGGUCAGACUUGUUUAGUUUCAUCACAAAAUAUCAAGCUGAACUGGUGGUGAAAGAAAAUUCUGUUGAAAUAGCGGAGAAAGAAAUCAAAGAGCGAAAGAGACAAUUGGAAGAAAUGAAACCAGUGGUUGACGCUGGUAACGAAGAGGUUUCUAAAUUACAAGAUGAGAUUCGAACAAAAGAAAGACUUCUGAGCAAAGCACAAUCACAACUUUCUGUCAAGGAAAGAAUGUUACAACGGGUACAAUCAGACUUGUCUGGUAAUAUGGAAAUGUUAGAAAAAUCUCGAAGUGAACUUUUAAGUAAGCAAAAUGACGUUAUUCGAUAUAGAGGUGAUUUAGAACGGCUGAGAUCAGAAUUGACAAUAUCGCGAGAACAAAUUCAAAUCAAAGAUAAUCUACUUAAAAAGCUACAAAAUCAACUCAUGAAGGAGAAUUUAGAGUUAAAGGAACAGUUGGAGCUUGAACGACGAUCCCAUGAAUUGGAGAAACGGUCACAUGAAUUGACAAAAAGGAGUAUGAUGUCACAGAUGCAGAAUGAAAAUAGGAAAAGACCGAGAACUGGUCCUUCUCCUGCUGCUGUGAUUGAAAUCCCCGACUCGCCUCCCACACUCGACCUCUCCAAUGAACAUGAUUUUGGAUUGUCGAACAUCAUCUCGAUGACUGAAUCGCAAUCGACAGAACAAGACACAUAUUCUCAGAGAAGAUUUGCCAGCCCCUCACCGUCUUUCAGUGAUACUUCCAGCCGAUUGCAUCACCUUCCUCCCUCUGAUGCUUCGUCUCAAGUUGGUUUUACAACUCCUCAAAAAGCUGCACCUUCACCUUCCAAGUAUCUUGUGUCACCGUCUAUGACUCCACCGAGAACUAUGUCAAGUAUUAGUGAACACGUCUCUCAAAGAGAUACUGCCAUGACAUCUAGUGAUACGUUUUUCCCCCUCAGUGUUUCUGCUUCAGAGGACUUGAAACCUGACAUUGACAGUUUGCAAUAUAUGGACAGUGACACUAGUAAUCAAGGGCCUGUGCCAAUAUCUGGCCCAAUGCCUGUGAUAAAACCUGGGACUCCCAGUUCAGGAACAAGUGAUAGUAGUCAAGGCCCAGUGCCGGUAUCGGGGCCGAUUCCUAGUUCAGCAGGGAUGUCACCAGGUGGCAGCAUGGAAGGCGGAGAUGGAAAGAUUACCUUGCCAAGGUGCCAUUUGUGUAGUUACUUCGGAACUUCUGGUAACUUGAGGGUGCACAUGAGAAGGCAUACAGGAGUUCGACCAUAUAUUUGCCCAACUUGUGGCAAGACAUUUGCCCAUAGUAAUGCGCUUCGACGGCACAAAUUUAUUCAUACUAAAUUUGAAAUAUGAGUGUCCAAAUAGUCAGUCAGAAUCUGAUGAGGACAGUACUGUCAAACAAUUUGUUUUGGCCUUAACAAUCCAUGACGAUUCCUUUGAAUGCUAUUUACAAAUUGGAUGUGAAAGGUUUCCUGGUAUUUGUCAUGAAAAAAUAGGAGUUACUGCUGCAAAUGUGUGUUUCCAGAAGGAACUGGCUUGUAUAGACAGUGGUUAUCAGUUACAGGUGUUGAUAAAUCUUCAUGUGAACAUAUUUUGGCCUCUCAAACAAAUUGUUUUCGACCUCCCGCUUCUGAUACUUGCAGAGAUUCCGAGGAGUUGGAAGCCCACUUCAAAAUCUCCAACACUCGGGCAGUGCGCCACCGUCUUUAUACUGCAAGCCAGUCGAGUUUCCAGUGUGCCCAUCAUGUAAAAUAACUAAAAUAAACAGUAUGGCUAAAAAAUCUUUCUUAGACACCUCUACAAUCGUCUCCUUCUUUCUUGCAGUUUCCAUGGCAACCGCACAGUUAUACCAUGACUUUCCCAAGGGCGGGGAACAUAGCGAAUCCAACCCAACUGCAAGGACCUAAACCCCACCAAUGCUCGGUCUGUCAGCGCUCCUUCUCGGAUAAGUCUAAUCUGCGGCGGCAUUUUAAAGGAACUCAUUUAAACGAGAAGCCAUUUGGUUGUACGAAAUGUGGAAUGAGAUUCACCCAGAAACAGAAUCUUCUGGUGCACUUGAUGAGGGUGCGGAAGUGCCAAGAUGGCACAAGAAACCUGCAGUUACAAAGUCCAGAUGAUGCUUUCUGACCAUAGGCAUGGAAUGGUCAUGGCAAAGUUACCAUUCAAAUUGACUGAGCAUUUCAACCUAGGUUUUCUUUCUCAGAAAUUGCAUCUGUUAACCUCUGGGAUCAGUUGUAGAGAAGAGACUACUACUUGUAGACUUGUUGCACUGGUGGGCAAGAUAAUGAUCAACUUGAACUCUAAUAAUAGCAAUACAGGUGAUACAUGUAGGGUUAUAAUAUAUAGGUAUCCACGUUGUCAUUGUGUAUUUUGGGAUGAACCUUCAUUUUGAUUUGUAUGAAGUGAAUGUAUGGAGUACUUGCCAUGCUUCUUCGCUAGUACUGCUGAAUAUGCACUGACAAAGGCUGCACUUCGUGAAUACAGGAUACUUCAAUUCAUUCAACUGACUGUAUCUUGUAUUGUUUCAAGUUUUCAGUAGUCAAUCUGUCUUCUCAAAUGUUUGUCAUUUCAGGUCAAUCCAUUCAGGAAUUCAGUUCCUCUUUUCAUUGUUAGGCUUCAUGGCCCAGACUUAGCCCUUGUAUUUUCUCUUUGUCGUUUCUUCAGUUUAUUGAAGUCACAUUCUAUUCCAGUGUUGACAGAAAUCUCUAAAGAGCAAUUCAAAUCU